AUGGCAGUGAACUCUGUCAGUCAAAGUGGUGCAUCAGGCACCACUCACGAGAGUAGCUCCAAGGCACCCCAUCGCAAUGGAUAUAUGAAAACAUGUGUCGUCUCGCUUCGUCAGGACCCUGAAUGUGGAUUGUGGGAGAGGCUUGUUCUCUAUAAAAUAUGGACUUCCCAAAAGCUCCGCUCUGUGGUGUCUGUGGGGUCGCUUUCGGUUUUUCUCGCUCUGGUUAUUAAAUGUGUUGACUGGGAGACUGAACCUGGUAGUGACAGACCGUCUGCGUCCUUCAUUCAUUUUCUAUCCAGCUGCGCGGGGGAGCUAUUGCUAACUUUGUGGCAUGUUAUCUCGCCCUUUUUUACCCUUGCAUGUGCCUUCUUCUGGGUCGGGCUGUAUCUAAUCCGGUGUGGGAUAUGCAUUAAAACUUAUCUCUUCCUUCUCACCGUGUGCCACUUGGGCGAAGCCGCGGCGCGCUGCUUGUUUGACGGGGCGAAUGGUCAGACGUUCUCCCUUGCGUCUGCCGUGGUGGUGCUCGCCUGCUUGGCAAGCAGCGCACUCAUGGUUCUUAGACUCAAACAGGGGGUCUCCAUCAUCAUUUUCAUCAGCGUCCUCAGGACUAUUUCACUUAUAUCUCUGAACAAAGUACGUGGAGCCUGGAGACCUUACUUGGCAUACCUGGUCGGAGUGCUUGGAAUCUUACUAGCGAGGUAUGCUGACAAGGUAUUUCCGAAAGAAGGGAUUCACAGGGAGGGUUGUACCUCCGUGACUGGGUCGAAGGAAGAGGUCCCUGUAUUUAAAAGGCGAAGGAGGUCCAGCUCUGUAAUAUCCUCAGACAUGGCACACAGUCAGUCCAACAGCAAGUCACACAGGAGGACUUCAUUGCCAUGCUUACAAAGAGACCAGAUUUCCCACUCGGAAUGGGAGCACAAGCGGGGGUCGAGAGGAUCCCAGUCCUCGGGCAGCAGUGUGGCGGUGGACAUCGGCGUGAUGGGGGAGGCCCACGGCAUGAUCACGGACCUGCUCGCCGACCCGUCGCUGCCGGCCAACACCUGCAGCUCGCUGCGGGCCGUCAGCAACCUGCUGAGCACGCAGCUCACCUUCCAGCCACUGCAUCGGCCACGCCUGAGUCAGCUGGCCCUGCCCACCCCUGGCGACGCCCACGCCUGCUCCGACUCUGAGGAGGGCACGGAGAAGAGCGAGAAGCUCUCCAUUCCAAAACGCCUGAAGCGUAGUUUACCCCCUGGCCUGCUGCGGAAGAUCUCGUCCACCUGGACCACCACCACUUCGGCCACGGGGCUGCCCACCAUUGAGCCGGCACCAGUACGGCGAGACCGCAGCGCCAGCAUCAAGCCUUACCAUGAACCCCUCAUCUGCAGCUGUGGACGACCCUUCAGUAGACUCAGCCAUGGGGAGGGAUCAACAGACAGGAUACACAGGACAGAUGAUCCAGUGGUGCCGUUGUCUGACUAUGAGAGCAUGGCGGAGGCCAACCACAGUGACAGCAGUGACCAGGGCCACAGCGAGGAGCCGCCCGACGGGGGCCAGAGAGCCACCGACACACCAGACAGCUGCAGGAGUCACCGCUCCCAGAGCCUCAUCCUGCACUCUCUGAUCCCCGCAGAGGACAAGCCCAUCUUGGCUCCGGAGCCUCUGGUGAUGGAGGACCUAGAGUCGCUGAUGAGUCAGAUCAACAACUGGAACUUCCCCAUCUUUAGCAUGGUGGAGAGGACCCAGGGCAAGUGCGGCCGCAUCCUCAGUCAGAUCUCCUACAGGCUGUUCGAGGACACGGGACUCUUUGAGAUCUUCAAGAUUCCGGUACCAGAGUUCAUGAACUACUUCCAUGCCCUGGAGAGUGGCUACAGAGACAUCCCCUACCACAACCGGAUCCAUGCCACAGACGUGCUGCAUGCCGUGUGGUACCUCACCACGCAGCCAGUGCCUGGCCUGCCCAGUCUCCUCCCUGACCACAGCUCUGCCAGCGACUCUGACUCGGACAGCGGCAUCACCCAUAGUCACAUGGGCUACUUGCUGUCUAAGACAUACCCGGCCUCGGAGGAGGGCUACGGGUGCCUGUCGGGCCUCAUCCCCGCACUGGAGCUGAUGGCGCUGUACGUGGCGGCAGCCAUGCACGACUAUGACCACCCCGGCAGGACCAACGCCUUCCUGGUGGCCACCAGCGCCCCCCAGGCUGUGCUGUACAAUGACCGCUCUGUUUUGGAGAACCAUCACGCUGCCGCCGCCUGGAACCUCUUCCUGUCCCACCCUGAGUACAACUUCCUGGGGAACCUCAACCACGUGGAGUUCAAGCGCUUUCGCUUCCUGGUCAUUGAGGCCAUCCUCGCCACUGACCUGAAGAAGCACUUUGACUUCCUGGCUGAGUUCAAUGCCAAGGUGGGCCAUGAUGUAGGCACAGGUAUCAAUUGGUCCAACGAGAAUGACAGACUCCUGGUUUGCCAAAUGUGCAUCAAGUUAGCUGACAUCAAUGGACCUCUCAAGUGCAAGGACCUUCACCUGCAAUGGACGCAAGGAAUCGUCAAUGAGUUCUACGAACAGGGUGAUGAAGAGUCCAGCCUGGGUCUCCCCAUCAGUCCCUUCAUGGACCGCUCUGCCCCCCAGCUGGCCAAGCUGCAGGAGUCGUUCAUCACGCACAUCGUGGGGCCACUCUGCAGUUCGUAUGACUCAGCCGCCCUCAUACCAGGCCACUGGGUGGCGCCCCCAGGAGGCGGAGAGAAGGAGGACGGGGGGGACGGGACAGAGGCCGAGGUUCCGGCCAAGGAGGAGGAGGACAUGGCGGAGGAGGAGGACAUGGCGGAGGAGGAGGAGGAUGACGCUUCGACCACCAGCUCCGAGGCUUCACAGAGCCCGGGCCCCAAGAAGAAGAAGCAGUGUCGGAAGGUGUUUUGCCAGAUCACCCAUCACCUGCUGGAGAACCACGAGAUGUGGAAGAAGGUGAUCGCCGAGGAGGAGCAGAAGGAGGAGGAGGAGCACAGUAAUGACGUGCCGCUCCUCAACAACCCCGCUGAGCCAAUCACCGAGGAGGAGGAGCCCGGAAGCAAGGAGGAGCCCGCCGAGGGGGAGGAGGGCCUCACCAGCCCGGAGGAGGAGGCCGUCGACUCGCCACAGCCAGAGGAGGAGACCGCCGCCGCGGAGGAGGAGGAGCAGUCCGAGGCCCCGGAGGAGUGAGCGGCUCGGGGGAGGCUGCCCCUGUUGGACGUGCCUGUUCAACUUUUACAGAUUCGAUGUGAGAGAGACUUCAACACAUCACUUAAACGAAAGAAGACAAAACACUGUAGAGAGGAGAAAAAAAGAACCAGGGAGAGAGAGACAGAGGGAGAGAGAGAGAGGGAGAGAGAGAGAGAGGGAGAGAGAGAGAGACAAAACACUGUAGAGAGGGGAGAAGCAUGUGCCUGAAUGAGAAAAAAGAACCAGGAAGAGAGGGGGGGAGUCUCUCUCCUUCGGCUCUCGUCAAAGGCUUUUGGGGGAGCUGUCUUUUGUCAGGCACACUCUCUUCCUCUACUUUUUCUUCUGCGCCUUUCAUAACCAAAGUCAGGCUUCUUGAGACUCUGAGAAUCUGAGUCUGAGUUGGACAUCAUCAUGCCUCAUCUCCCUCUCCCUCCACCAGUGCUCUCUCUCCUGACCAGAACCUGCUGACUGUCCCCCCCCCCCCAAACUCCCCAAAACGACACUUCACAGACUUAUGCAAUUUUUGUAAAAGGGUAAAUUAUUUUGAAAAGCUGCAGCCGAGUGGCCUCCAGGCUGUGGGACCAGGUGAUGAGAAGGGCCAGAGUGGGAUGGGUCAGGGCAGAGGGAGCCUUCUUUUUGGUUCCAUGAUGGGAGCAUGUCCAGUGUGCCCUGAAACCAAAUUGGAUAACGUCAAAGGGAAAACAAAAUUAAAUGUUUGCGAAUUUAGACAACUACAUUAUGGAGGACGAAAAUUAAUUUCAUGUUAUUUUAUGAGCGCGGUUUUUCAGGUUCCUCAGUGCGCUGUCUAGAUUGAUGACCCUCUUGUGCAGCACUGUGAAG